AUGUCCGAACCCCCCAUCCUCGGCACCCGACUCCAAAACAAAGUCGCGAUUGUCACCGGUGGCGGCUCGGGCUUCGGCGCAGGCAUCACGCGCCGCUUCGCGGAAGAAGGAUGUAAAGUGAUGAUUGCAGAUAUUGAUGCGGUGGGUGGCGAGCGCGUGGCGAGUGCGUGGCCGCAGAGUAUAGCGUUUGUGAAGAUGGAUGUGACGCGCGAGGAGGAGUGGGAGGGGUUGUGUAGGGGAGUGGUGGAGAGGUGGGGGAGGGUCGAUAUUUGUGUUAAUAAUGCGGGGGGGAGUUAUAGGAAUAAGCCAACGUUGGAUGUCACCGAAGAUGAAUUCGAUAGGGUGUUUAAUCUGAAUGUCAAAUCUAUCUUCUUUGCGACGAAACAUUUUAUUCCAAAUGUUGUUAAUCACGGAGAGGGUGGAUCGAUGAUCAAUAUUGCGUCGAUUGGAGCUACGAGACCUCGUCCGGGUCUGGUUUGGUAUAAUGCUAGUAAAGGCGCUGUUGUCAAUGCUACGAAAGGACUCGCGGCAGAAUAUGGAUCUAAAAAUAUCCGAGUCAAUUCGAUUUGUCCUCUUCUUGCUGGUACAGGGCUCUUCUCGACAUUUACGGGUGUAGAGGAUACGCCCGAGAAUCGUGACAAAUUUCUCUUCAAUGUGCCAUUAGGACGACUGUGUACGCCGGAAGAUGUGGCGAAUUAUUGUUUGUUUCUCGCGAGUGAUGAGGCGAGGUUCAUUACCGGGACUUGUUUGGAGGUUGAUGGGGGAAGAGGGAUUUCUUGA